GUACUUAUGACUGAAACUAAGCUGACCAUUCAGAGUCUGAGAGUUUAAACCAGCUAUGCCACAUUUGUACCAUCAGAUCAAGUCUUUGUGCUCUUCGGCUUCUUGAAUUCGUCAGAUAUGUUUCAGUUCACAUUUGAACUUUCACACAGUCACAAACCACAUUCCUGGUUUUUUUUUUUUUUGCUUUUUUUCUGUGUUCCAGAACAAAUAUCCACAGUUUCAGGUUCAUUUCCUGUCUGAUCAGAUAGUGGCAACAAAGGAGGAGGUCUGACGGCUAUCUGUCGAAACAUGUGGCACUCAGACUUCUGCUCUUUGGUUUUUACUCCUCUGGAAGAAAAAGUUUCACCAAGAGUUUCAUCCAAGAUAAAAUGAUUUAUUCGCAUCCUGUAGCUGCCAAGUGUCACAUGGACGACCUGUGAUGGGAAAAAGAAAUCUGUGAGUCGAAGCAAACUGCACUCAAACGGUAACGUGAACAUAACCAUCGAUAACAUGUGACCAGAAGCCACAGCGAGAGUCAGAGUGACGUCUGAAAGAGGAAACGGCACCACUGUCUGCUACCUGCUAUCAGAGCUGCUAUCACUGUUUAUGAGAACAUUACUGGAGCUUGUAGUUGGAGUGACUUACAGCUAAAUGUUGCUUUAUCAGGAUGCGGUGCCCGAGUAUCCACUGAUGGACUGAUCAUGCUGCAGACAUCGAUCGAGUCUCACCAAAGCUUUUUGUUCUCCCUGCGGAGCGCGAUGGAGUUUCUGCUCCUGAUCUUUCUCUUUCUCCUUGCACCUCUGCUGCUGCCAGCCUCGUGCCAAACCGUCAAUGGAAGCAUUGGAGAGACGCUCCUUUGGCCGUGCAUGCACAAACUUACUAAGAAGUUUGUCCGUGAGCAAACUUACAUCUACUGGCAGGGGAUGGACGGCAGCAGUAAUCCCACUGUGGCCCACGUCUAUGUGAAGGGAGAAGAAGAGUUUCUUUAUCAAAGCUCAUCCUUUCAGAACAGGACUGCAAUCUUCUUUUCUCAGUUAGAGGAUGGAAAUUUCUCUCUCCUGAUUAAAAACCUGAUGCUGGACCACGAUCGGACCUUCAUUGAAGUUGCUUUUAUUUCAGAUGACUCAAAGGAGAAUAUCUGUCAGAAGACCCUGCAUGUGGCAGCGGUCUUCCAGGAACCAAACAUCGAGCUAAGCCAGGCCUCAGCAACCUGCAGCACGGCGGGGGGCUAUCCUGAACCUGAAGUGAUGUGGCUCUCCACAGACAACCAGGGAAAUGAAGCCAUCCUGGAGCCGCUGGAAGUAAAGAUUGAUAACAACACCAGGAAUGGAACAUUCAGCGUCUUCAGCAAAGCCAACAUCAGCGGAUUAAAAACUGUAACGUGCAGAAUUUGUAAUCCCACUUCGGGCGAAUGUCAGACAACAACCAAAGACGUCUCACCUGCCGGGACUUUGUUUACAGGUGGAAUAGCUGUCAUCGUCAUCGUUGCCUUCAUCGUGGGGAUUAUCAGCAUCGCUCUUUGUGUGAUCUGUCAAUGAGUCGUCGGGAGAGUGGAGCAGGAAGCAUUGUCAGCAGGAGGAAGGACUGUCCACCGUGCGCUCGGCUGUUUGUUUGGGACUGAAACAGGAAGUGAUCGGGUUUUGGAAGCAGCCUGCUGGGACUGACUGAUGGUGCAGAGCAACAAAGACAGGACUGCGCAGUGACCAACAUCCCAUGUUAUGACUGUUUCUGCAGGACGUGUCCUUUUCUAAAGUCCACCUUUUACCCAGAGUUUAUGACUGACAUCUUCUUAUUACAGCCAGAAGAAGGUCAGCCCGUCUAAUGCUGUGCAAUACGGAAAGUAUUAGUCAUUAGCAGUGUUGGGCAAGUUACUUUGAAAAUGUAAUUAAUUAUAGUUACUAGUUACUUCAUCAAAAAAGUAACUGAGUUAGUAACUGAGUUAACUGAUUCUAAAAGUAAUUAGUUACUUGAAAAGUAACUUGUCAGGGUUCCUGGGUUGUUGACCCAGUGCUUUCAGUUUUGUCACGUUUUGUUUCUGUUGCCAUAUCAAUGUUCUCACUUCCUGCUUUUCCUGUGUCAGCUCAUCUCUUGUGUCAUUAGCCAGAUUAUGUUCAGCUGUGUACUCACCGGUCUCUCAUUAUCAUCCUCAUCAGUCUGUGUAUUUAAGUCCUCUGUUUCCACUCAUUCACUGUCGUGUCAUUGAUGUUAUGUUGUCGUUUCCGCCCGCGUUCAGUUCAGCCAGCCAUUCAGUCUUUCAGCCAGUCAGUCCUUUCGUUCCUGCCCUGUUCAUCCACGCUUCAUAAUAAACCAUCUUCAGUUCUUCACUAUCCACGAGUCCUGCGUUUGGGUCACUUCCUCGCCUCCACACGACACAAAUCCUGACAGAAUGACAUGACCCGUGCCAAGAAGACACGCUUUUGACCCAGCGGACUCCGACCUUUUCGAGCGGCAGGACGCAGCGCUCUCCAUUUGGGCAGAGAAGCUCAGGUGGAAACAGCGGCUCUUCUCAGAGAGGGAGCACGUCUUUGAGGGGACUCGUCUGGCUCUGGGCGUAUCACUCACCCAGUCAUUAUUUCCACUCCGGUCAGUCAGCCUACACCCACACCUGUGCCAGCUCCCAGGACGAGGGCAGCUGUGACCCAGUCUACCUCCACACCCGCUCCUGUUUCUCGGGUGGGGGUGACUGGUGUCCAGCCACCUCCCGUGCCGGUCCAAGCGCCCAGGCUGAGGGCAGCCAGAACCCAGCCUGACCUCCCUAGAGGCUCAGAAGAGUUAGCCUCUCCACCUGUCAGUCCACCACUUCAUCCACCUCCUGAUCCAGCUUUUCACGCCCUCGCACUAUCCCUGGUUAGGCUAGCUGAG